CUUUUUUUUCUUUAUUGUUUCUUUUUUCUCAUUCCUUUCCUUUCAUAUAAUGUCGAAGAAUAGGUCAACAGGAUCGACCACAUAUUCUGCACUUUCGGCUUCUAGUAGACAAACUACUUCGUCUAUUCAAGAGACUUCAGCAAAGAUUUACUUUGUAGAAUUACAGAAAUAUCUUUCAUUCAUAUUAGCCAAAGAGGCAUCAGAAGGUGUACCACCUACGAGAUCAACAGCUCGACAAAAGUUGUCAAGGCUAAACAAUUUACAAUUUCACGAAUUGGCAACAGAUGUUUAUGACGAACUUAUACGAAGAAACUCUGAUAAUCACCGAUCAUUUUUACCAGUCCGAGAAGACUUUCACCCAAGACGAAACCAAGCAAGACAAAAGUUGGCAACCCUUCCAAGCUCAAGGUUUAGAGAUCUUGCGAGUGACGUAUAUCAUGAAUUGAGACGAAGAUAUUCACAUAUUAUCAUGACUGAGCAAACACCGCCUGUGCCGAGGCCGACCAAAGCAGAACCACAAGCACAGCCAAGUCAGUCGACCAAUAUUGUACCAGUCAAAGGCAUGAUGAGUGUUGAAUCAAUAGACUUUUCGGAUGAUGAACAACAUCGACAACAACCAUCAAUGCCUCCACCACCUGUAACAGAAAAUUUGGAUAGUCUGAUGGCAGAUUUAGGCAAUAUGGUGAAACCUCGGACGGAAAAUUCAACAGAAAUCAAUAAAAAUAGCUCAACAGAACUGGAAAAUAUGCGAUAUGAAUAUGAAUUGAAAAUAUCGGCCAUGGCAAAGCGAAUCAAGCAAUUGGAAUUAUCAUCAGAGGAUACCAGGAUACCUAAUGGAUCAGAUACAAAAUAUUAUAAAGCGAAUGAUGAAUAUAGACAAUUGGAGGAAAGAUAUAACAAAUUAUUAAACGAACAUGAAGAACAACAGCAAGCAGUGAAAGAAGUCAAAAACGAGAUUAGAAUAUUGAUUGAAGAACUCAAGAGUUUAUCAGAAAAGAACGAAAGUUUAAGGAUCCAAAAGGAACAAGCGGAUGCAACAAUACAGUCAUUAACAGAAGAAACAAAAUCAUGGAAGACCAAAUACGAGGGUAUCAGUAUGGAGCUUAGGAAUUAUAAAGUGAGAUCCAUGCAAUUCGAUCACAAUGAUAUAUCAAAAGAGUUCUUUCUGAAACCAACAUCGAAUGGAGCAAUAGGACAUCAAUAUAUAAUAGAGUAUCAGACUGCGAUUGAUGAAUUAAUGAGAACAUCUCGAUCGACCAAGCCAUCCGAAGUCUUGACUACAAUGAGGACAAUUGUGAUGGCAUGUAAAUCAAUUACGACCGAGGUAGAACAAUAUGAAGUCAAGACAGGUUUAUCUGAGGCAGACCAGUCCAGUCUAUAUGAAAUCAAAAAGAGAUUUUCAACAGGACUGUCCAGCCUACUGUCAGCAGCCACGAGUUUUGCCAAUGGCAUGGGGAUUACGCCUGUUAGUUUAGUGGAUGCAGCGGCCAUUACACUUACGAUGACAAUUGUUGAUCUUGUGAAACUGUUAGGCAUGAGAUCGAUUGCAAGUGAUAAAACAAUAGGACCAUCUUCAACUAGAACAGCAACAGCAACAAAUGACAUACUGAACCCACAUCAAUUAUCUCAAUUCUUAAAAAAAGAGACUGACCAGAUUGUUGCAUCUGUACAAAACUUAUUAAGCGCAUUAAGAUCUAACGAUAAAGGCUUAUUUAACAUUAUUACAUCCAUUAUAAACAUUGUAUCGAAUAUCAUCAAUGUAUCAGAAAAGACACUUACUUAUCAUGAUAAAUACAAGGCUCGAGGCACAACCAUCUUAAAGGAUCUUAAAAAAUGCAACGACAAGAUUGUGAAUGUAAGGGAUACAUCGUUUUCCAAUAGCAAUCAAGUACCGAAUACGAUAGCAAAAAGAAAUCUUGCUCAAGAAUCUUAUGACAUUGCAAAAUAUACUAAAGAGCUCAUCAACAUGCUGGAUACGUGGUGA